UGUCCUCAUCUUUGCGUUGUUUAUUCUUUGACAGGAUCCAAGAGUAAGGCAAGUGAAGGUGCUAGUCAGAGUGUUCCUCGUACUGUUUCUUCAUCACCAUCAUUAUCACCAUCAUCGUCGUGGUCGUCGUCGUCACUAUCUAGUGGCAACAGUUAUAAUUUUUUUGCUAACAACAACUUUCGCAUUAGCUCUGACAACGGCGAUAGUGACGAUAGUGAUGGUCAAAUUGGAGUCUUUCACCUUGAUGAGAAGGCGAAAAAAAAAUGCCUCUAUAGUCGACAGUUUGCCGUGUCGUGGGUUAAUGUUGCUGCUGUUUGAGACGCCCUCUGGCUUCGCACUUUUCACUUUUAAUGGUGCUCUAUGCUACCUACCUGAUCGUAUGGAUAAUCUCUGGGCAGAGUUUGGAAGCCCCAGCCGCGCAAAUAUGAUGGUUUUUGCAAAGGGAUUUCUAUCUUUUGAGGACAAAUCCAGAGCCAUCAAUGGUGAUGGUGUUGACAGCGAGCUUGCUGGUCUGAUCAACAGGUGGCACAAACCUGGGAUGAACUUGUAUGUUGGAAAGCCUGAGUAUAGAAUGAUCAUUGAAUCAGUGUUGAAAAUACCCUGCCGCAUGUGUUGUCAAACUGUGUUGGAGAUAAUGUGGGGCAUACAACAACACAUGGGCACAUUAGUGGAUGAAGAAAAAUCAAAGCUGACUAAAGAGGACCGCUUACCAAUGAGUCAAGGACUAAUGAAGUUCCUGAGUAAUCGUGGAUAUGAUGUCAAACCAGAGAUGGUCAAUGAGAAGAUUUUUUUGGCGGCAUGCGCCUUGUUUCAUUGUGGUGCUGAUGAUGAGAAUAAGUUAGGACUCUUGCGCGAUGCUGGUCUCUACAUUAGAGAUAUUUCUGGCAUUGCUUGUGAGGAUUGGGACAUACUGAAGCUUGCGAUAGCUGUUAAGGUGAUAUGUUGCCCUAAAGAACUCACCGAUUUUCAUGAGGUUCUUGCAGAAGAUGUGGUAUCAAAGUUGAAAGGUGAUGCACCUAAAUAUAAAGGUGUCGCAGUUAAGGUCUGUUGGUUGAGUACCUACCACGCAGUUGUGUCUAACCAUCGUCUGAGGAUUGCGAAGAAAAAAAUGUUGGGGUCCUUGGUUAGGAAAGCUAAGAAAGCAUAUGAAGCAGAACAAGCGGAAGUAUGUGACAAGGUUAAGUUGCAUGGAGAGUCGCAGCAAAUUGCUCAAGACCAUAUGACCUCUGUGUCCAGUCCCACCAUGAGAACAGUGAUCAGGCGCAGUCCAAGGCUGAACCGAAAGCUGCAUGAGAACAGUGGUGAGGGUACUCCCCAUAAGCGGCCUAAAUACUGAUGCACCCGUGGGAGUACUAUGGCAAUGGAUGAUUAAAAUGCUGGGCAACCUACCAACUAAGGUCGGUUCAUGGUGAAGCCCCAUGAUGAUCGUGGCAUGAUAUCUUAGCAGAAGCUUUUGGGUUGUUUUAUGAUGUAAGACCUAUAAUUUACCUGCAACGUUGUUCUUUGGCUGCCAUCCAGUUUCGUUCUAACUUCUAUGUGAGGAUGCUCUCUAAACAUUAUAGUUUGCUUGACUUAGUUAAAAAAGUG